CAUUCUUGCAUUCCUUGAGCUUCUCCCGACGUUUCUGUCUUCGCCCCUUGUCCAUCACGUUGCGGACCUAUCACACGUACCCACCAUGUCUAGCCUACUACCUCAGUACCACACCAAGGCCUCAGACUCCGACAUCAACGAUGAGGAACGACAGCCGCUCACCUCAUGGAAGGAUAACGAUCGAAGUUCAUCGCCACCCCCUCCUUCGUAUCCACCUCAGGCAAGCGGAUCUCAAGCUCACAGACCCAAUGUGACAUACGUGUUCGUACCGAGAUGGCCAGUCAAAGGAGAGCAGAAGAGCGUCUUGGGCGUCGCAGCGGGUAAAGACGAUACUAUCGAUCUGGUUCGACGAGCUUUCCCUGUUCUAGCAGAAUAUUCGCCAGAUAGGAUCGAAUUCUUGGCACCAUCUACUCCGGAGACCCAGAUCGAUAAUAUCACCCAGUGGAGUCAGAUCCUCGAUGAAGCCUGGCAUGGCAUUGAAACAAAUCCUCCUGCAAGACUCAAAGUACAAGUGAUAGAUGGUCCUGGUGACCUUGAAGAACGUACGAGGAGAAAGGAAAGAGAAGAUAAAAUAGUAGUUCUGGCCUUUUUCUGCCUCCCAGCACUAGGUCUGCUGCUCUUCCUCAUAAUCAUGUCGGCAACCGGCAACCUGAACAGCGAGAAGAAAGGAGGUUAG